AUGGAGAAUGCUGAAGAAGGUAAUCAAACAACAAUAUCUACAUUUACCAUUCUGGGAUUUGGGAAUGACCCCAAACUGCAGAUUCCUUUCUUCUUGGUGUUCCUAAUAGUCUACAAUGUGACCAUGGCUGGAAACAUCAUAAUCAUUGUGCUGGUCGUCUCUGAUCAUCACCUUCACACUCCUAUGUACUUCUUCCUUGGAAACUUGUCCUGUUUGGAAACCUGCUACACCUCAACUCUUCUCCCCAGGAUGUUGGCCAGCUUCCUGACUGGGGAUAGAACCAUUUCUGUUGGUGGCUGCUUCAUUCAGCUUUACUGGUUUGGAUUCUUAGUGGUUGCUGAAUGCUACCUAUUGGCUGUGAUGUCAUAUGAUCGUUAUUUAGCCAUUUGCAAACCUCUCCACUAUGCAACCCUGAUGAAUGGGAAACUCUGCUUUCUAUUGUCAGCUGGGUCCUGGUUAUGUGGGAUUACAGUUAUGACUAUAGUAAUAAGUUUAAUGUCACAGUUGCAUUAUUGUGGCCCCAAUGAAAUUGAUCAUUUCUUUUGUGAAUUGACGCCUGUGAUUAAUCUUUCCUGCAGUGACACCACUCUGGUAACACUGGUAAGUCUUACGGUCUCAGUCAUAGACACUAUUCCUUCUUGUCUCCUGACACUCAUGUCCUAUGUGUGCAUAAUUACCACCAUCCUACGAAUCCCAUCUUCAACAGGGAGAAAAAAGGCCUUUUCAACCUGUUCUUCCCAUCUUAUUGUAAUUUCCAUAUUUUAUGGGUCAUUAAUAUUUGUAUAUGCACUUCCAAAAAAAGAAGCUCUGCAAGAAGUAUACAAAAUCUUCUCAGUCUUCUAUACAGUCUUGACCCCUCUAAUCAAUCCUCUUAUCUACAGCCUAAGGAACGAAGAAGUGAAGGAAGCUUUAAGGAGAACUGUAAACAAAUGCAGGAUUUCAAAAUGA